AUGGAUAUAUGGGAACUUAGUGCAUCAGGGGCCAUGAUGCCCAUGUCUUCAACUCAAGUCUGCUCACGCGCGGCUAUUGCUGCGCCUGAGCUCCCAGGGGCGGAGAUCCUGGAAAUGACCGUAGCGCAAGUUCGCGAUUACUCCGCCUCGACUGGCGAAGUUUGGGACACAGCUCCUCUGGAUAUCGCGGGCCUCGACGUCUGUAACUUGACCGUUACCUACACCCAUCCUGGAUGGAACGAUACGAUCCACGUCGAGACCUGGCUCCCGCUGUCUGGAUGGAAUGGGAGGUUUCAAGCCGCCGGUGGCGGAGGAUGGGUGACUGGCUCUACUCAGGGACUUGCCAUUCGGGCCUUCCAGGGGUAUGCCGUCAGUAUAACCGACGGUGGCCAUGCUGCCGAUAGUCGUCCUGACGAGUGGGCGUUGAACGUAGAUGGGUCGGUGAACCUCCAUUUGCUGGAGGAUUUCGCAUCCCUCGCCCUGCACGAACUGGCCGUUAUUGGUAAAUCCAUCACGACUUCGUUUUACGGUAUACCACCUGCGUACUCAUACUGGAACGGCUGCUCAACUGGCGGCAGACAGGGCCUCAUGCUCGCGCAACAAUUCCCAGAUGACUUCGAUGGAAUCGUGGCGGCAGCCCCGGCCAUCAACUGGCCAGAGUUCAUCACCGCUGCAUUCUGGCCGCAGCUCUUGAUGAAUCAGAUGAAUGUCUAUCCGGAACUCUGCGAGUUUAAUGCCCUCCGAGAUGCAGCUAUCCAAGCCUGCGAUGGCCUUGACGGUGUCAGGGAUCGGGUGCUGUCCGCCCCGGGCGUAUGCGAUUUCGAUCCGCUCUCGGUAGUUGGACAGCCAUAUGACUGCAAUGGUGUCCUGCACACGAUCACAAAGGAGGCCGCCAUUCUAGCGUAUCAGGUCUGGAAGGGCCCUAUUGGGCCUGAUCAAUCCCAGAGAUGGUACGGGCUGAACUAUGACGCGACCUUCAAGAGUCACUCACAGGUAGAAUGUAACACUCACGAGGGCGUGAAGCGCUGCAGCGGCCGCCCCUUUAAGAUCCCCGAGGAAUGGCUGCGUCUCUUCGUGCUCAACGACCGCGAAUUCGACCUUACCACGCUCUCCUUUGAACAGUACGAUGCCCUCUUUAACAAAUCCAAAAUCAAGUACGACCACAUCAUCGGGACCGCAAAUCCAGACCUGUCUGGAUUCCGCGCCGCCGGUGGCAAAAUGAUCACAUGGCAUGGAUUGGCCGAUGGAGCCAUCUUCCCCAACGGAACGUCGCACUAUUACCAGGAGGUGCUGGAGAGGGAUCCUGCAGCCGCCGAGUUUUAUCGCUAUUUCGAGAUUCCCGGGGCAGCACACUGCCAGGCGUCAACUUCUGGUGGCCCAUACCCGCAAGACGUUCUGGAGAGCUUGAUUGCGUGGGUGGAAGAGGGAAAGGCACCGGAGACGCUGAGGGGGGAGUGGAAGGAUCCAGCUACACAGUCUACGUUGAUGAGGAGAGAGCUUUGUCAGUGGCCGCUGGUGGCUCGAUAUGUUGGGGGUGAUAUCACUCAGGCGACAUCGUAUACGUGUGAUGCCCAUUUUUGGUAG